AUGGCGUUCACAUUUGCCGCCUUUUGUUACCUUCUGGCACUCAUCGCCGUCGGGUUCUGCAUUUUCUUCGCAAUCUACACUGUAAACUUGAGAUUCAGAAAACAGCUUUACAAAUGCGAAUUUUAGGUGAUCUCAGUGGACGAGCUGCGCACCGAUUACAAGAAUCCGAUUGAGCAGUGCCGCAACCUGAACCAGCUGAUCCUGCCAGAAUACAUCAUCCACGGCACAUUCACUGUACUGUUCAUCCUCAGCUGGCAGCUCAUUUCGAUUCUCGCAAAUCUUCCGCUCGCUUUUUACCACAUCUAUACGUAUCUGAACCGUCCGGUCAUGUCAGGACCUGGAAUCUAUGAUCCGACUACCAUUCUCAAUCGCUCGACGCUCUCCGCCACUCUUCGCAUUUCUUGGAUCAAGCUGGCCUUCUAUCUCAUCUCGUUCUUCUAUUAUCUUUACGCGUAAGUUGUAUUUAUAUGCUUUUCCUCAAGAAAGUACAUUACCUUCCAGCAUGAUCUACACUCUGGUCAACGCGAACUAG